AUGGAAUGAAAUUCUGUAUAGGGUGGUAUAAAUGCUGCUUUGGGAAAUAUGACGGAAGAUGACUGGAGGUGGCACAUGUAUGAUACUGUCAAGGGAAGUGAUUGGCUAGGAGAUCAAGAUGCCAUCCAAUAUAUGUGUAGGGAAGCACCAAAGGCGGUCAUUGAGCUAGAGAAUUAUGGAUUACCAUUUUCUCGAACAGAGGAUGGAAAAAUAUAUCAGCGUGCAUUUGGUGGUCAAAGCUUAAACUAUGGAAAAGGUGGUCAAGCUUACCGCUGUGCAUGUGCUGCUGAUCGAACUGGGCAUGCUUUAUUGCACACUCUCUAUGGCCAAGCUAUGAGACACAUUCGGCCUAGUCGGCCAAGAACUCGGGUAUUCGGCCUAGUCAGCCAUGAACUCUGGUAUUCAGCCUAG